CAAAAUUUAUAUAGAAUAUUAUAAAUUCAUUGAUAGGCUAUAUCGAAUUAAAAUAAAUUAAUCAAUAUAUUAUACAGGAAAUCACCAGAAUACAAAUUUGAACUGACUGAUAAAACAGCUAUGAAUUGCAAACAUGCAUGUGGACUACACGGUUUCAGGGAACUAAUAAUGCCAUCUACAGACAAAAAUGGAAAUGUGGGCAAUUGAAUGAUAUAAUAGAAAACAUUAAACCAUCACUCAUGUCUAAAUCUAAGAAUGUGAAUUUUAAAGUUGGUGUAGUAUUACCUGCUGCAGGAAGUGGUGAAAGAUUUGGAUCAGAUAUCCCAAAACAAUAUUGCCAUGUUCUUCAUAGACCAAUUAUUUUGCAUGCUAUUGAUACAUUUUUAAGACAACCUUGGAUUCAUAAAAUUGUUAUAGUAUCUUCAGAACUUGAACAAAUGUACAAAUAUUUAUCUGAAUAUUCUCCUGAAAACUUUAAAAAAUUACAUGUAACUAUAGGAAGUUCUACUCGGCAUAAAUCAAUUUAUUGUGGGCUUCAAGCAUUGGAAAAAAUUGAUAAAUCAAUAGAAGUUGUAAUUAUCCAUGAUGGUGUGAGACCUGUUAUACCAGAAACAAUUUUAGAAGAAGUAGUUAUGGCUGCCAAAACUUAUGGUGCAGCUGGUGUAAUAAGACCACUAGUAUCAACAGUAAUUUCGCAAGAUAAAGAAAAGCUCUUAGAUGUAGUUUUGGAUAGAACAAAAUACUAUGCAAGUGAAAUGCCUCAAGCCUUUACUUUUAAUAUGAUACUAGAUGCAUAUUCUAAGCAAUAUAAUGCUCACCUGCAUACUGGUAGAUUUUCCCAAGUGCAUCUGCCAUAUUGUCACACUUCAUUAUCAGAGAUUUGUCAUCCAUCAAUCAUUUGUGAAACCAGAUGGACCCACCAGCUUUGA